AUGUCUCCCAGGCUGAUGGGGCUGCCUUCGCAGCUUACAAAAAUUGCUACCCGGCCAUUCCAGCAGGCAUCUCCCCUCGCGUUCCUGCUCCCGCAAUUCCAGCAAACCCGCAAUUCUCACAUCCUAGCCUCCCUCUCCGACAACCCUUCCGCCUACAACAAGCGUAUCCGUCGAGGUCGUGGUCCCGCUUCCGGCAAGGGUAAGACCUCCGGUCGUGGUCACAAGGGUCAAGGUCAGCACGGAAAGGUCCCCGCCGGCUUCAAUGGUGGACAGACGCCCGAGAUCAUCGUCCACGGCGAGCGUGGCGGCGUGAACAUCUUCUCCGUCGACAUGGCCACCGUCAACCUUGAUCGCGUCCAGUACUGGAUCGACCAAGGCCGCCUCUCCCCCAGAGCCCCGAUCACCAUGAAAGAACUCUACAACAGCGGAUGCAUCAGCCGACCCAUCGACGGCGUCAAGAUCCUCGGCGAUGGCGCCUCAGCCCUGAAGCAGCCCAUCCACGUCGUUGCUUCCCGCGCCUCCGCCUCCGCAAUCGCCGCCAUCGAAGCAGCCGGUGGCUCCGUCACGACCCGCUACUACACCCCCUCUUCCAUCCGUCGCAUCCUCGACGGCAAAACACACACUUUCCUCUCUGGCCAAUGGGCACGAGAGAGCGGCUCCGAGGAACUGUACCGCAUGGCUCAGGUCGGGCCGAACAAGAAGGUUUGGCCUUCUGUGAUUGAGCGCAACCACAAGGCUUUCCGUCUGCCGGAUCCUACGAAGCGUCGCGAUAUCGAAUACUACCGUGAUCCUGCACACCGGGGAUACCUGGCUCAUCUGCUUAAGCCCUCUGAGGGACCCAGUUUGUUCUUCCGUUCUUCUGAGGAGCGCAAGUCUGCUGCCGGUGUUAAGAAGGAGAAGAUCUUGCCCGAGAACAGGCUCUGGUAG